UUAAUGGAGAUUGGCGAUAGAAAUGACUGGGUACCUACACAGUACCCUGAAUGGGAAAAUUAAUAAAAUACCUGAAAAUGUUUGCGCCUUAUAAAUUGGGGCUUGUCUGAGUUUGUGGAGGCUGAUUUCCUUUCUUUGCCGUGGUAUACGAAGUCUUGACAAGUCUUCUUCUAGAUUUUGGGGGCGGUAUUGGUUUUCGUUUCGCUGUAUAAAGGGUGAUGAAUCGAACCAGCAGUAUGUCGCAGAUCAGAGCAGGCUUUUCUCUCGAUUCGGGACAGGAAAAUCUAAGCACAGCGGCUGUUCGCAUGGAGGAUUUUGGGGGGCCUUAUUCGCCCAGAUCUAGCGGGUACUAUUCGCCUGCGGAGCCACACUUUCUGGAUGCCUGUCAUAUGUGCAACCGCCGCCUCGGCGAUGGCCGCGAUAUCUACAUGUACAAAGGUGACAGUGCAUUCUGCAGUGAAGAAUGCAGGCAACAGCAGAUAGUGAUAGAUGAGCGUAAGGAGAAAAGCUUAGCAAGUGUGACGGGCAUGAAGAAAGGGCAAGUGUCCUCCUCCUCAUCCUCCACUAACAACAAACCCAAUUACAAAGCACAGGCAGGAACAGUUGCAGCUGCAUAGUGGUCUACAAAGCAAAAUUACAUCAACUCAUUUUGUUAAAAAUGCUUUUCUGGGUCAAUUGCAUAUAAGCUACCAAGUAUUUUACCCACAACAAGAGAAAACUAUCUCAGUCUUGUGGGAAAUCAAGUUUGGUCCUAUAAUAUCGGCUUAUACUAAAUUAUUCAGUGGUAUAUGGCCAAUUUUCAUUGUCUGCAAAAUUUUACACUGCAUUCAAUUUUUGGCCCGGUUUCUUCUUGUUAAUGACCUUAAUAUGUAUAAUACUUUAAAAAUUAAUUAGUUAAAAAUAUUUUCAAUCUUUAUAUACCCA